AUGUCCAGAUCAGGUGUUGCCGUAGCAGAUGAGUCUUUGAACGCUUUCAAUGAUUUGAAAUUGGGAAAGAAGUACAAAUUCAUUUUGUAUGCUUUGAACGACAGCAAAACUGAAAUUAUUGUGAAGGAAACUUCUGCUGAACAAGAUUACGAUAAGUUUUUGGAGCAAUUGCCAGAGAACGACUGUUUGUACGCAGUUUACGAUUUUGAAUAUGAACUGGGUAACAACGAAGGUAAGAGAUCUAAGAUUGUUUUCUUCACUUGGUCCCCAGAUACUGCUCCUGUGAGAAGCAAGAUGGUUUAUGCUUCUUCUAAGGACGCAUUGAGAAGAGCUUUGAAUGGUGUUUCCUCUGAUAUUCAAGGUACCGAUUUCUCUGAAGUCGCUUACGAGUCUGUCUUGGAAAAGGUUAGCAGAGCUGCUGGCUCCCACUAA